AGCCAUAGAAAAUAGAAACACAACCACCAUGAUGACGAUGAUAAAGUCUUGUCGCCUUCUUCUUCUUGUCUGCUUGUCCUUUUUAUUGUCUGUCGUCCACGCGACAGAAGAGCCAGUAGAACUGUGGGGCACGGACGAGUGCGAAACCGUCUCGUGUCGCUUCAAGGCACCUCAUCGGGGCACUCCACCUCAAGUAGCAAACCAAUGGCAUCAAGAGGACGAACAACUCUGGAACUACGUUCAAGAACACGUCCCCGAUGUGUUGGAGCAUACGGGCAGUGCCGCUUUCGAUGAACAUUUAAAAGGCGUUCAAGCGGUCCUUCGCCAUUGGGGGGCUCCCACCUAUUUGUGUCAUGCCGGACUCUUUCACAGCAUUUAUGGAACGGAAGGAUUUCAAGGAUUCGCACUGCCGCUAGCGCAACGAGAUGGCGUACGAGCGUUGAUUGGAGAAAGAGCGGAAAAAUUGGCGUUUGUCUUUUGCAUGUUGGAUCGAUCCACAUUCGACCAAACCGUCAUGGAUUAUGACAUUUCCACUACUACGAGUAACAACAACACGGUCUAUACACUCGUUGCCCGCCCCGAACUGGGACGUUUCGAAAUGACACUGACUCACGACGAAUGGCUCGAUUUUGUCGAACUCACACUGGCCGAUUGGUUGGAACAAGUCGAAGGCGCCGCCGUCAAACCCAAUACGCUCUAUUUGUGGGACGUCGGACAAGCGUUUGCGUAUCGACGGCUCGCCUAUCGCAAAAUGAGUCGCAUACUAGCCCAGAAACGUGCUCCGAGACUAGCCCAAAUGGCACCUCAAAUGUAUCAACAAGUCAUGGAUACGGAAAGCCGUAACACGCGACACUUGGUACAAAUGAAAACACCACCGCAAUCCACUGCCGCACAAGUGGCACAAGACGCACUAAGAGCGGCAGGAGAAUUGGAUAUUCCCAUCGAUUUGGCGCCCAAACCAAUGGAAGAAGAGUGUGCGGCAGCGUCGGUAUCAUAGUAAUAGAAUAGACUACGUAUCCUAUGGGCUGCUUGCUAGUAGGUAACUAGCUAGGCAGAUGGCUAUUUAUUCGC